AGCCCCUGGGCCGGGCUUGGUGCUGCGCUGCCGAGCCUCAGGGCCGUGCGGGGGAGAUCGCGGGCCUCUCCGCAGCCGCGGCCAUGGUGCUGAACCCGGUGAUCGGGAAGCUGGUCAGCAAGAGGGUGGUGCUGGCUAGCGCCUCCCCCCGCCGGCAGGAGAUCCUCACGAACGUGGGUCUCCGAUUUGAGGUGGUUCCAUCCUGGUUUAAAGAGACACUUGAGAAAUCAUCUUUUACAGCCCCUUAUGAGUAUGCCAUAGAAACAGCAAAGCAGAAGGCACUUGAAGUGGCAAAUAGAAUGCAUCUAAAACACCUUAGAACUCCAGAUAUUGUUAUAGGAGCAGACACUAUUGUGACUGUCGGAAAACAGAUUCUGGAGAAACCGGUUGAUAAACAAGAUGCAUAUAAGAUGCUAUCAAGGUUGAGUGGAAAGGAGCACAGUGUCUUUACGGGAGUGGCCAUUGUUCACUGCAGCAGUAAAGAUAAUCGUCUGGAGACUGAAGUCACUGAUUUCUAUGAAGAGACAAAAGUUAAAUUUGCUGAACUAUCUGAGGAGCUUUUAUGGGAAUAUAUUCACAGUGGAGAACCAAUGGACAAAGCUGGUGGUUAUGGAAUCCAGGCCCUUGGUGGAAUGUUAGUGGAAUAUAUUCAUGGAGACUUCUUGAAUGUGGUGGGCUUUCCUCUAAAUCACUUCUGCAAAAAGUUAGCGGAGUUGUAUUAUCCACCCCUCAAACAUACUAUACAGCAUGUCAAGCAUGACUCUAUCCCCUCCGUCGAGACUUUUGAGAACCUCAGUGAUGGAGAGAGUGACUCUUCAAAUCCCAUGCAGCAUAAAAGUGCUAACACAUUAGAGAGGAAUGGGAUGCCCCUCUCAGGAGCCGUUCAUACUCUAGUAAACAGCGGUAGCAUCAAGCCUGUUUGUACAGUGGCUGUGGAAAAUCAGAGUGGAGUGAGGGAAUGUCCAGCUAAAUUCCCAUCAAAAAUUGUAGAACUUACGGAUGGCUUCAGAGCUUCAAAGGUAAAAAAAAAAAAAAAAAAAUACUUCUUCUUGAUCUAAUUUUCUCUGCACUGGUGAGCUAAUAUAAUUCAAAUUUGUGUAUUUAAACAUUUCUGUGUAGUUUGGAGGUUCUAGUAAUAAAGCAGUACUACAGCACUAUGCAUGUGUAUGGGGAACAGCCCCAUUCAAACAAAUGAUCAAAUGCGUUUAUUUUACCCUAAUAUUCAUUCUGAUUCUAUGUGUGUUAUGCAAGAGAAUGGCAUCUUCCAGCAGCUGCACCAGUGACCCAGGCUGUAGUACCAGGACACAUUCCAGUAAGAGGCUCGAAAAGAACAGUAACCUCAGGGAUUUACUGCACUGGGCUAGCAAGGGCAGCAGAAUGCAUAGGGGCAUUUUUGAAAAGCACCUUUUAAUGAUGCAAAUACUGUCUGUGCAUGUUUUGUUAUGACAUUCCAAAGCAGCAGCCAAUUUUCCCUCUAAUUUUUCCCACGGAUAUGCAGAAUGAAUUUUGUUAUGUGCACCCAAUAUAGAAGUGAUGUGUGACUCUGCAGAGCGCUCUCUCCCUGCAGCAACACCUCAGCUGGGGGGAAGAGGCACCUCUUCCCACAGCAGCUCUGGGUCAGGGCUGGCUUGGGCCUGGGGGAGGGGCGCUAUGGCAGGUCUAGGACUGGGCUGGGGAGGGGCACCUCUUCUCCCGGCCAUGGCAGGUCCAGGGCUAGCCCUGAGCACCUGCGCGGCACUGAAUAGGUUGCUGCGUGGCCACGCAGCUUAGAGGGAACUUAGGCAGCAGCAUGGAGGGACAUCUUAAGAAGUGCCCUUAAUAAUGAGCACCCUUAGAUUUAAGGCAAAUAGCAAUGCUCCACUGAAACAUAGACCUAGAAUGCCACUGAAUAAAUUCUCUAGUGCAUUUUUCUUCAGAUCUGAUCCUAACAGGUGAUGAGCACCUGUAUCUCCUAUUGAUUUCAGAAAGUGGGGGAACAAAGGUGGGAGAGAGGAGGGGCAAAAAUCAGGAUGGGACAGGGAAUGUAUAUAAGAGGAAAGAGCUGAUUACAUAACAUGUUAAAAUAUAUGUACUUGUAACAUUUAUUUCAUUGUAAUCAGAAAUAUUAUCUAAAACAACAUAAAUGAUGAGAGAAAUAUAUAUUAUGGAAAUGUCCAUAGUGGCUCCUCUCCUAAGUCUGUGUUGAGAUUUGCACUUGAAGUAAUAUUAAAAUCCUUUUUCAUUGUAAUUAUUUGAAUUUAAUCUCCAUGUUUGGCACAAUAACACUUCAGAGGGCAAUGAACUUUCUGUGUAACUUUCUUUUAGUGAAUGUUCCCUGUUAACUUCUGCAGAGGAAACACUUCAAAAUGCCUCCAUUUAAAAUAAAUAUUUUUGAUAUAUAAUGUA